CACAUGUGGUGCGGAUGUGACAUGUGACAUAAAAGAGGUUAGGUUAGUAAUGUUUUAAAUUAAUUUAGAUGAUACUUUCAUUUAUUAAAUUAAGUUGUAAAAUCUAGUAAUAAUUAUGGACGAAGUCUACGAUGAAGAAGAUUUCGAAGAACUAAUAUUAGACGAUGAUGGAAAUUUUUAUGAAGAGGAACCUGUUGAACAUAUGUUAGAUGAUAUCAGUCUACAAGAUCAAAAUAAUGAGGAAAUUGAGGAACAGAUAAUUGAUGUAUCAUCCCUUACUCUCCAAAAACAUAAAAAAGCUGUUUUUAGUUCAGCUUUGAGCAAAGAUGAUACGUUAGCUGUUACAGGGGGAGAAGAUGAUAUAGCUUAUCUUUGGAAUACUGAAACUGGUGAAGUGAUAUUUGAAUUUUCAGGUCAUAAAGAUUCUGUUACCGAAGCUCAUUUUAACUUUGAUUGUCAAUAUGUGGCUACUGGUGAUAUGGCUGGUAUGAUACAAGUGUGGAGUAUACAAGAGAAGAAACUUGUAUGGUGUUAUGAAGGAGAUGACUUGGAGUGGUUAAAAUGGCAUCCAUUAACAAAUGCUUUAUUUUGCGGUUGCCGUUCAGGAGAUAUAUAUUUAUGGCAAAUACCACAAGGUAAUUGUAAAGUGUUGGUUGCUCAAAAUAAUUCUUCUACAACAUGUGGUAUAAUAGUACCUAAUGGUAAACAGAUUCUUGCUGGGUAUGAAGAUGGAACCAUUAGGCUUUGGAACAUUAAAGAGUGUAGUGUCGAGUGGAGUAAUAAUCAAGCUGAGUCUGUGACCAAUCUGGAUAUUAAUAAGGAGGGAACUUUAGCUAUAUCUGCUCCAGAAUCUAGACUAAUUAAGCUAAGUGAUGGUAAAACAAUUUCUAUUUUAUUACCUGAUGGUGAAAAGGAAGUAGAAGUUGCACUAUUUAAUUCCAGUUUGGGUAUAAUUGCAUCAGGAUCAAUAUCUGGACAUCUAUGUGUAUGGGAAAUUGGUAAACAGACUUUAAGGCAUCAAGCUCAGAUAGAAUGUGCUGUUACAGUGAUGAAAUGGGGUAAUGAUGGUAAAAUAUUUAUUGGUGCUGCUGAUGGAGCUAUAUAUGUAUGUGAUGUAAAGUCUGGAUCUUUGUUAGAGACUUUAACAGGACAUCAAGCAGAUAUUUUAAGCAUAUCUAUGUUUAAUAAUAGUAAUAAAAUUUUAACUACUUCUGAUGAUGGAACAGCAAAAAUAUUUACAUAUAAAUAAUAAAUUAUAGGUUAUAAAGUU